UGUUGAAGCUCAGUUUCCGCGGGACCAGCAACCCGUCAAAACACCUAGGCGGGAUAAACGUAUUAUUUACAUAACAACGGCCAUUGUUUAUUAAAUAUCCACUGUACAUUGAAUCCCAUCAUAAACAAUUGUGUAGUGAAAUAUUUAUAGCUGGUUCAUCUUUUAGACAAAACUAAAAUGAUUACAGCGUUACCAGUGCCUUCAGUGAAGGUCUUCCACAAAACAUAUUACCAUGAAAAAGCACGAACAAGUCAACCAGGAAGUCCUCUCACAGAUAGCGAAGCAGUCGUAGCCUUAACAGAAAAAGAAGAACCAGAAUAUUUUUUCUGUGGAAAGAUAAACGCUCUACACGUCGUAGUAGGUUCCAUUCUCUUUGGAGUUGUUGUUCUCAUUGUCGGACUAGUACAGCUAGCACCAGGUGCAGAAGCUGCGCAAUAUUCAACAGCACUUAUUGGAGUUGGCUGUACCCUCCUGUCCCUCGGUGCUCUUCUGGCACAGUUGAGAGCUCUCUGGUUAAGAAGACAGAAAGCUGCCCAGAAAGAUGGUACUCAUCAGCGAAGUGUUACGAGUAUAGACAUGCUCUUAGCACAACAUAGGGACUUUACGGUUCUCACGCCAGAUGAAUUGGAAGACCUUGUAGGUAAACCAACACCAGUUUUAGAGAACAAGGUUCGUAAAAACGGUAAUAAUACCUAGGCUCAGCCGGCCUCGAAGAGGAUGUCCUUAUCAUCAUGUCCAACAACAUCCUCAUCAUUUUCUUCAGCAACUUCACAUGCAACAAACUUUUCAAUAAUUCAUACUCAUCCUUAUGAUUCUCGUGAACAAAGUUUCGUUUGAAAAUAAAUUUUUAAUAAUAUUUAAUAAUUUAAAUUAUUAAUUCAUUCUUUAAUUGUUUAAUCAGUUCUUUGGAUAACUACAAUACGGUAAUUUUUGGCUGUAAAUUAACUAUAGAAUUUAUUAUUAUAAUAAUAAUAAUAAAUAAUGAUAAUAAUAAUAAGAAAAAAAAAAUAAAAAUCAAGUGGCAUUAAUAGACUGCCAUGAUUUUGUAAAAUUUUCAAAAUAUGGCAUCUUUUGAAUCUUAAAUAAUUUGAAAAAAAAAAUACAAUAAAUAUUAAAUCAAAUUUUUAACUAAUAUUAGGAUUAUUUAAAUAAAUUUUUAAUAAUAUUGAUAUUUACCAUUAAUGUGAAAUGGUAUUUUAAUUAAAAAUUGAUUAUUAAACCUUGCAAUUGAUAAUCUUUUAUUAAA